CUCUCUUUCUCACACUCUCUCUCCUAUUUAAUUUUCCUAAAGGGAAGACACGCCUAACUUCCUAUCACUCUCAUAGACAACUAGCAAGUGUGAGACACUUUCCAUUUUCCAAUUCCUCUUCAACCUCAUUCCUUAAAAAACAUAUUCCAAAUCUCUUUGAUAGUUUUCACUUUUAGCCAAAGUUAUGGAACAAAGAAAAAAGAUCUUUGUUCAUGUUUUGAUGUUUUUGUUCAUGGUCCUACUUAGGAAAACUAGUAAUGUUGAAGGGGGUGAAGAAGAAGAUAGGAUCUUUGAACUUCCUGGUCAACCUAAGGUUUUGUUUGAUCAAUUUUCUGGCUAUGUUACUGUUAAUCAUGUUGCUGGUAGAGCUCUCUUUUAUUGGUUAACUGAAGCUCAACAAAAUCCUCUCAAUAAACCACUUGUUAUUUGGCUUAAUGGAGGUCCAGGUUGUUCAUCAGUGGCAUAUGGAGCAUCUGAAGAGAUUGGCCCAUUUAGGUUAAACAAAACAGCUUCUGGGCUUUACAUUAACAAGUUUUCAUGGAACACUGUGGCCAACCUUUUAUUCUUAGAAGCUCCGGCCGGCGUCGGUUUUUCCUACACCAACCGCUCCUCCGACCUCCUCGACACCGGCGACCGCCGCACCGCUAAGGACUCUCUGGAAUUUGUAAUUCAGUGGCUAGAAAGAUUCCCACGUUACAAAAAUAGAGAACUUUAUAUUACAGGAGAGAGUUAUGCAGGACAUUAUGUUCCUCAAUUAGCAAAGGAAAUUAUGACUUAUAAUAUAAAAGCCAAACAACCCAUCAAUCUCAAGGGAAUAAUGGUUGGGAAUGCAGUGACAGACAACUAUCAUGAUAACUUGGGCACAGUAACGUACUGGUGGAGCCAUGCAAUGAUCUCUGAUCUAACAUACAAACAACUUAUUAGCACUUGUGAUUUUCAUCACCAGAAAGAAUCUGAUGAGUGUGAAUCUCUAUAUACUUACGCCAUGGAUCAAGAGUUUGGUAAUAUUGAUCAGUACAAUAUCUAUGCUCCUCCGUGUAACAAAUCCGAUGGAAGUUCAUCUUCCGCUUCGCGCCACUCCAUGCGCUUACCCCACCUCCCUCAUCUGGCUUUUAGAAAAAUGGCGGGAUACGAUCCGUGUACCGAAAAAUAUGCGGAGGUUUAUUACAAUAGGGUUGAUGUUCAAAAAGCACUUCAUGCAAACACAACAGGAAUUCCUUAUAAGUGGACAGCAUGCAGUGAAGUUUUGAAUAGAAAUUGGAAUGAUACAGAUGUGUCUAUUCUUCCACUUUAUAGAGAGUUGAUAGCUCAUGGUGUAAGAGUUUGGGUGUUCAGUGGGGAUGUAGACUCAGUGGUUCCAGUAACAGCAACCAGAUUUGCACUUGCAGAGCUUCAUUUGACAACAAAAAUACCAUGGUACCCUUGGUAUGUCAAAAAGCAGGUUGGAGGAUGGACAGAGGUGUAUGAAGGGUUAACAUUUGCCACAGUGAGAGGGGCAGGUCAUGAAGUUCCAUUAUUCAAGCCUAGAGCAGCUCUUCAAUUAUUCAAAUCAUUUCUUGCAGGAAAGCCUCUUCCAAAAGUUCUAAAAUAGGAUAUAAAAACAAGAGGAGGUUAAUUGGGAAAAUGGAGAGAAAAAGAGAAUGAAAAAAAGAAAAAGAAGGAAACAAAUGGAAAAUUCCAAUAGGUGCUAAUUAGUUUAUGUUGUCAUUAAUUAUUAUUGUUUAUGAAUGAACUUAGGUUUUAUGCCUUUUUUU